UAUAAGAUGCACCUAGACUCCAGCACAGCACAACAAGAAUCCCGGCAAAGGUAAGAUUUGAAGUCUACCUGGCUUUCUUGCUUUGUCUUACCCAGUCUCUCUCUCUGAUGAUGGCCGUCUCUCUUUCUCAUCGGUGCAGAAUACUGUAGCUGCGGCCCAGCUGAACUCACUACUUUGGAUUUUGAGCUAUGGUGUCCAUACAGAACUGGAUGAGGUGCUCCCCGGCCUGGAUCUUUUUCUGCUUCUGCUGUCUUCCUCUCCUUCUCCUGGCCCUCCCCAUGCCUCCAAAACGAGCAGGAUUUGCUCCUGCCAGUCACUCCUGCAGACUGAGAAAGAUGAGCUUCCAGCAAUCCUACAUCAGGAAUCGCACUUACACGUUGGCCAAACUGGCUAGUCUCUCGGACCAGGACACGGACAACAGGCUCAUUGGACAGCAGCUGUACAUUAACGUCCAGGAGACUAAUCGCUGCUAUGUGAUGAAGAGGGUAAUAGAGAUCAUAGUGAACGAAGUACUUCUCUCUGUGACCAGCAACCGUUACCCAUAUAUCCAUGAGGUGGCACAGUUCUUAGCAGCUCUGAGCACGGAGCUAAGUGACUGCAAAUUCUCAGGACACAGAGAACAUGUCGAAAAGAACCUGGAAGAAAUGAAAGACAAAAUUAAGCAGUUGGGAGUUAGUGGAAAGAACAAAGCAAUUGGGGAGCUGGAUUUGCUCUUUGAUUACCUGGAAAAUGCGUGCACUGAAGCACCGAAGAAAAUUGUUACUAGUAAGGGAGGAAACAAGAGGAAAAACUGAAAGAACCUCCAGGAAACCACUGCUAUGAUACAAACCAUAUAUCUAUUAGGAAGAAGCACCUUUUGGAGUGGUAGUUAUUUAACAGUGCCAAACAUUUCAACUUCAACCAAGUGCUUAAGUAUUUUGUUGAUUGGGGCCUAUGUGCGCAAGCACAAGUGGAUAUUUUGAAAGCUAUGCGGUGGUGCUUGCCUGCAUCUGUCCCAAUGUCUUUAACUUGAAAAAUCUUUCUCGGAAAUGUUGCCGUCCUUUUGUCAAAUUGAUCCUUCUCUAGAAAACAA